AUGGCUUUAGUUUUCUCAUCAUCAACUACAGAAGGUUGGCCAGAACGUUGGUCAUCUUCAGCUAAAGUCCUCCUUCAUGCUGCUCCUCCUCCUGCUGCUCCGCCUCCCGUUGCUUCUCCUCCUUCUGCUCCUCCUUUUCCUGCUCCUCAUCCUCAUCCUGCUCCUCCUCCUGCUGCUCCUCCUCCUCAGGCUGCUCCUCCUCUCGCUCCUCCUCUAACUGCUCCUCCUCCUCAGGCUGCUCCUCCACCUGCUGCUCCUCCUCCCGCUGCUCCUCCUCCUCAGAUUGCUCCUCCGCAAGCUGCUCUUCCUCAGGCUGCUCCUCCGCAUGCUGCUCCUCCUCUAACUGCUCCUCCUCCAGCAGCUCCUCCUCAGAAUGCCCCUCCUCAGGCUGUUCCUCCUCCUGCUCCUCCUCCUGCUUCUCCUCCUCAGGCUGCUCCUCCUACUGCUCCUCCUCCGCAUGCUGCUCCUUUAACUGUUCCUCUCCUCCCGCUGCUCCUCCUCCUGCUGCUCCUUCUCUUGCUGCUUCCUCCUCCAGCUCCUCCUCCUCAGGCUGCUCCUCCGCAUGCUGCUCCUUUAACUGCUGUUCCUCCUCCCGCUGCUCCUCCUCUUCAGGCUGUUCCUCCUCCCGCUGCUCCACCUCAAGCUGCUCCUCCUUUUCAGGCUGCUCCUCCUCCUCCUCCCGCUGCUCCUCCUCCUGCUCCUCCUCCAGGUCCUCCUCCUCAGGCUGCUCCUCCUCAUGCUGCUGCUCCUCCUCCCGCUGCUCCCCUAUUGCUCCUCCUUCUCAGGCUGCUCCUCCUCUAA